CGUCUAAGUGCAGCGGAAUCUGUUCGAGAUGAACUUGGCAUAGCUGUGGAACGACAACGUGCACUGAUCACUCGUCUGGAAAACGAUUUAUUGAGCCUGCAUGCAGUACUGCCAAGAUCUCGUGCCGAUGGAGCUGAUGCUGAUGAAACGGACACCGGUGACUAUUCGACGAUCAAAAUGCUGGCCCAGGAACUAGCUGCUCCGGUGGCAGGAGAACAAUUACUGCUUAGUGAUGGAAAAACCAGUAAAGAUGUUCUGUCAAUAGUUUCGGCGCAGCGUGAUCGACUUCAUCAUCGCGUAGAUGAACUGGAACAAGAACUAAGCAUCCAGAAACAAAAUAACGCCUAUCUGCGGAGUGAACGUGAUAAGAUACGUGAAGAUAACGUGCAACUGUACGGAAAAAUCAAAUUCUUACAAAGUUAUCAAAAUAAAAAUCGCGAGAUUCCAACAGCAUAUGAACAUUUAUCAUCCGGGCAGUUCCCAUACAAAUGGCUAAUUUUGAUGGAUGACCGUGAUCGUGAUGCGCCAUCCUAUAAAACAGCGCAUAACCCUAAACCGGAUUAUAAAGUGUGUCUCUAA